ACACUGCGUGAAUGCAGCUUAACACCACAUGAGAUGCCUGGCGGGUCAUAUGAUCUAGUGCCUACGUCUUCCUCGUUGCCGUCAACUAUUUUUUUCCCUCCGCAUCUCCCAAACAAACGAACAUGGCGGAUUACGAAGAGCGGCGGAGCUUGUUGGGAAAUGAGAACGAGGGGUCGUUCGCCGACAGACGGACCGGUAGAGGACCCGGCAGACCGAUGCCGGCCGUUUGCGACCCCAGCCACCUUCUCCACCGAGUGGUUGUCCUGGUAUUCAUGUGCUUCCUGGGAUUCGGAAGCUACUUUUGUUAUGACAACCCGGCUGCCCUUCAAACUCAAGUCCAGCAGGAUCUGAACCUGAACACUGCAAAGUUCAUGCAGCUGUACGCCUGGUACUCCUGGCCCAAUGUAGUUCUCUGCUUCUUUGGGGGUUUCCUGCUUGACAGGGUCUUUGGCAUCAGGCUGGGAACCAUCAUCUUUUCCCUCUUUGUCUGUAUUGGACAGAUAAUAUUUGCUACUGGAGCUUUGGUAAAUCAUUUCUGGCUGAUGGAACUUGGACGUUUUGUAUUUGGUACUGGAGGAGAGUCCUUGGCCGUGGCCCAGAACACGUAUGCAGUCAACUGGUUUAAAGGAAAGGAGCUUAAUCUGGUGUUUGGCCUUCAACUGAGCAUGGCUCGCCUGGGCAGCACAGUGAACAUGAACAUUAUGGGCUGGGUGUACAGCAAAGUUGCCGACCUUGUUGGUUCUUCUGGCCACACCACACUAGGUGCAUCGCUCAUGAUAGCUGCUGUAACCUGCCUGUUUUCGCUAAUCUGCGCCUUGGUGUUAGCAUUCCUCGACAAAAGAGCAGAGAGGAUCCUCCACAAGGAACAAGGCAAUACAGGUGAAGUGAUCAAGCUGACAGACGUGAAAGAUUUCCCAUUCCCCCUGUGGCUCAUCUUCAUUAUUUGUGUGGGCUACUACGUUGCUAUUUUCCCCUUUAUUGGACUGGGACAGGUGUUCUUCAUUGAAAAAUUCAACUUUUCCCCGGCUGAAGCCAGAGCUGUCAACAGUAUUGUGUACAUCAUCUCAGCCCCCGCAUCUCCAGUUCUGGGCUUUAUGGUUGAUAAGACGGGGAGGAAUGUGGUUUGGGUAAUAAUUGCCGUGGUCACCACACUUGCUGCUCACCUGAUGCUGGCCUUCACCUUCUGGAACCCAUGGAUCGCCAUGUCCCUGUUGGGUGUCUCCUACUCUUUACUGGCCUGUGCACUGUGGCCCAUGGUGGCCUUUGUGGUGCCUGAGCAUCAGCUGGGGACGGCCUAUGGCUUCAUGCAGUCGAUCCAGAACCUGGGACUUGCUCUCAUUGCCAUGGCAGCAGGAACCAUCCUAGACACCAGAGGAUACCUGGUUCUGGAAGUGUUUUUCUGCGCCUGCAUUUGCGUUGCACUGAUAGCAGUGGUGAUGCUGUACUUUGUGGAUUAUCUCAGAGGAGGAGAUUUGAACCAGUCAGCUGCAGUCAGAGCCAGACUUCAGAAAGAAGCCACUUCAGAUGCAGAAUGAUGAUGAUGAGGGGAACACACAUGGUCCUGGGCUUCAGAGCCAGCAGGCUGCACUGUCCACCCCAAAGCUGUCAAUCAACUGCCAAUGGGGCGGGACUGCACUACUGACUCCGCCCAGUGCUGUCAUCUGUGGCUCUUCCCACCAGAACUGACUGUCUGGCCCUGGCUAUUAUAAUCCUGUAUUAAUAGCGGAUUUCAUCCCUCUCAGGACGCUGACAAAUUGCAAAUCCCAGUUUGGACACAGUGACACUGACUUUAUUUCUACCUGUAUUCACUCUCCACUGACUCCUGUGUGUGUCAAACUUCAGCAGGAGGUUUCGUCAUUUACAGAAGAAAGUUAAGAUGCUUGAAAUGGUUUAAAACAUUUAAAUGUCAAAUGAGACUCAUAUCCUGGGGUAAGGUGCCUAUAUCACUGAUAGAUAGUGCUUGAUUUUAUGGCAUGCUAAUGCAACUCAUAAUAUAGGGUUCCUAUAUUAAUUCAAUUGUUUUUAUAUGUACAUAUGAAUAACUUUUGGAUAUUUUUAAAUGUUUUUUUUAUAUGUUUCUUUUUACAAAUUGUUUUCAGCAGGACUGUGUUACUUGCCUUACUUACAGACAACUCAGCAGUUCAUUUAUGUACAUAUCAUUUCUCAGCAUUCACAUUAAUUGCCAACCUUCCUUCCAAACCUUCCCCCCAAAUCUUCCGUACUGGACUCUCCGUAGGCAGACUGAGUUCAUAUUUUAAUCAUAUGCCUCAUUGACCUUUUAUGGUGGAUAAUCUCACAAAGAGCAAAGCUCUUUAGUGUUUAAAUUUUUAUUGCUCAGUUCUUUUAUUUCUUAAUUCCUUUAUCUUCUCUGGUUUCGGGAGUUCAUAAAAAUUUAUUUUCUGUCACAUCAAAUGAUACAUAACUUUAGUGAUAAGAAAGAUAAAAAGACAAAGGCACACUUUUGAGUGCACUUAAUGAUAUGCAAAGUUUCAACUUUUUACAAACUGUUUUAUUAAUGUGACCUUUUAAAGAAUCAGUUCCACAUACAAGCAAUGUUUAGUAGAUUGUGUUUUGCUCGUUUAUCAAGAUCAGGUAAUUGACUUGUUGUAAGCACUGUCCCAAAUUGUUUCUUGCUUCAUCUGAGCAGUGUGAACAAACCAUCAUGAACUCUGCUUAACUCUCACCAUUCCAGUUAUCUGGAAAGAGAUUUGUCUCCCUGUGUUUUUAUCAGGGGCGCAGACUGUGGAUGAUUAACAUUCACUACCUCAGUUGGGCAAAUGAGUCCCAAUCAUAGUCUUGACAGAACAGUCAACAUAUUUAAGACAGCAGUCAGUAGCAUAAAGAUAAAAUGUUGUGAUUGCACAUUAAAAUGACCACUAUGUCACUGUGUCACAGCCAGAAACAUGCUGCUCUCUUCACGGGACACUGAUUUGCACUACGAUGCUAUGACAGCUGUGCAGUCUUUGUUUACUGGAGAAUAUUUGUGUUAAAUUACCAGGUGUUAACUGUUACUGAUCUAUGUAGAGGAUCAAUUGUGCAAUCAAAGAGGAAAAGUCACUUUAAAAAAAAAAACCAAACAAACACUUGAAGUAUAUUUGUAGAACCAAUUCACAUUUGAUACCAGAUUGUUCAUGGAACAGUUAAUUUAAUUAAACACAAAUUAUUUGAAAGCAUUGGAAUCCUCUGUUAUUGUACUACUUUGUUUCUGCGGUAGGUUUUAUUACAAACACCUAUGGUAAUAACGUUUGUUCUCAGCCUUUGGCAACAGGCUGUGGGUGAUUAAUCCUUACGGUAACAUUUACAUAAUUGUGCUCAUGUUAGUGUUGGGUGUAGAGAUGAUAAAGAUGACCAAAUUAUUAUUC